UCAAUGAGUCCGAGACAAAGGAGGCGCGGCUUGGCGCCUGAGGCUUCCAUCUGGCCCGACUUCACUCCUCAUGUACACUAUACAUUCCCGAAUUACGAUCUUCCCUCACUGUCGUUGCACAAGCACCCGCCUCUCUUUGUAGUCGAUGAUGCUGAGCUAGCACCUCCCAACCUCCUCUACCAAAGUGGCCCCGCAGUCCACACAUCGGCGCAACCUCUCGAGUUCAUGUGACUACCUCCAAGUCCCCCUGCGACGCCGCGCGCCGAACGACAAAAUGGGCAGAGAAGGCGAAGACGAGCUCCUUCUCCGCGAGCAAUCCCAGCCUCUGACUCACCAUGUUGACGCCGCCCAUGACGCCGAGGACGAAGGCCGACCGAGCAGCGUGAGCACGACGAGCCUCGUCUUUGAUCACUUGAGUGACGAGGCGACGCUCAAUGGGAAAGAGGGGGUGUAUGAAAUGCCGCCGUAUCGGGACGGGAGCGGGAAAGGAAGAGACGACAUGGAGUUGGAGGAGCAGGUUGCUUGGAAGCGGGAUGCGCGACCUGCGGACAAGAAGACGCGGACGGUGUUCUAUGUGCUCAUUGCCAUCGGGCUGGUGGGAUGGGUUGCUGCGCUGUUGAUGUUCAUCGCGCAGGGCAGACAUCACCUUAACGCUGCUCGGCCACAUGAUCCGCAUGCGACGACAUCGUAUGGGCAUGGCAAACGCGUGACGCUGGAUCAAGUGUUGGACGGCGAUUGGAGGGCUAAGACUGCGGAGAUUCGGUGGAUCCGGGGACCGCAAGGGGAGGAUGGGUUGCUAUUGGAGAGUGGAGGCCGCGAAGGCCGGGAUUAUCUGGUUGUUGAAGACGUGAGGUAUCGGGGCGACAGCAUCGAGGUGCAAAAGGAGCAUUCGAAGACGCUGAUGAAGAGCGGACUGUUCAACGUCGAUGACUCGCAGAGCAUUUGGGCGGACGAGACCUGGCCGAAUGCACAGCACACAAAGGUGUUGGUCCGCAGUGAUUGGGAGCCCAACUUCCGCCACAGCGGGACGGGGUUGUACUGGAUCUUUGAUGUCGCGACCCAGAAGGCGGAGCCCCUUGACCCACGACACCCGAAUCGCCGCGUUCAGAUUGCUUCUUGGAGUCCAAAGGGGGAUGCGGUGGUCUUUACUCGGGACAACAACAUGUUCAUUCGCCGCCUGGAUUCCCAGCAAGUUACGCCUAUCACCAACGACGGCGGUGCGGAGCUCUUCUAUGGCGUGCCUGAUUGGGUCUACGAAGAAGAAGUCUUCGCCAGUGAUACCGCGACUUGGUGGUCCGGGGAUGGAAAAUUCAUUGCAUUCCUGCGCACCGACGAAAGCCAGGUGCCGGAGUUCCCUGUCUCAUUCUACUUCCACCGCCCUUCUGGAAAGCAACCAAAGCCGGGUGAAGAGAACUACCCCGAGAUCAAGUGGAUCAAAUACCCCAAAGCUGGAGCGCCGAUGAGUGUGGUCAAUCUCCAGAUCUACGAUGUGGACAAGGGCGAGACGUUCGCCGUCCCGAUCGACGGCGACUUUGAGGAUCACGAUCGGCUCAUUACGGAGGUAUUGUGGGCUGGUGAGACUGGAAAGCUGUUGAUUCGUUCCACUAAUCGGGAGUCUGAUUCUCUUAAAAUGAUCUUGAUUGAUGCCCGGCGGCGGACAGGGAGGACUGUCCGGGAACGGGAUGUGCAGGCAUUGGACGGCGGUUGGUUCGAGAUAUCGGAGAGCACGACCUAUGUGCCCGCCGAUCCAGCCAAUGGCCGAGACCAGGAGGGAUACAUUGACACUGUCAUCUUGGACGGCUACGACCACUUGGCCUACUUUACUCCUCUUGACAGCCCGGAUCCGAAGAUGCUAACUGAAGGCAAAUGGGAGGUCGUCAACGCUCCAUCAAAGGUUGCACUCGAUCAGAACUUGGUGUAUUUCCGAGCAACCAAGGAUGGCAGUACACAACGACACAUCUACUCUGUCGACAUUCACGACGGCCCGAAAAGCAUCAAAGCCGUGACCGACACGAAUGAGAUUGCCUUUUACGACGCUUCGUUCAGCACAUCUGGAUCUUUUGCGCUCCUUACGAACCAAGGACCUGGCAUUCCAUGGCAAAAGGUGCAAUCCACACCCACCAACCACAUCGAUAACAUCGACAUCAGCAUCGAGAACAACACGCGGCUGCACGAACUGGCGAAGAAGACGCUACUGCCGAUUGAAAUCUACGGCACGAUCAACGUCGACGGCUUCGAUUUGAACUAUGUCGAAAGACGGCCGCCGCAUUUCGACGACUCCGGCAAGACCCAGUAUCCCGUCCUCUUCUACCUUUACAACGGCCCAAAUGCCCAAGAAGUGCAACGUAAAUUCCAAAUCACCUUCCAAUCCUACGUCGCAAGCACUCUCGGGUACAUUGUCGUCACCGUCGACGGCCGCGGCACGGGUUUCAUGGGCCGCAAACACCGUACCAUCAUCCGGGGCAAUCUGGGAUACUGGGAAGCGCACGACCAAAUCGCCGCGGCGAAGAUAUGGGGCGAGAAGAAGUACGUCGACGCCGAGCGCGUGGCCAUCUGGGGCUGGAGCUACGGCGGCUUCAUGACGCUGAAAGUGCUCGAAGCGGACGCGGGCCAGACCUUCCACUACGGCAUGGCCGUCGCGCCCGUGACGGACUGGCGCUACUACGACUCCAUCUACACGGAGCGCUACAUGCACACGCCGCAGCACAAUCCCACGGGCUACCAGAACGCCAGCAUCUCCAAUGUGACGGCGCUGAGCCAGAAUGUCAAGUUUUUGGUGAUGCACGGCGCGAGCGACGACAAUGUGCAUUUCCAGAAUACGCUGAGCUUGCUGGACAAGUUGGAUAAGAAGGGGGUGCGGAAUUACGAUGUGCACGUUUUCCCGGAUUCGGACCAUUCGAUCUACUUUCAUGGCGCGAAUGCUGUCGUUUAUCAUAAACUUAGCGAUUGGCUUGUUAAUGCUUUCAAUGGGGAGUGGUUGAAGACUGAUCGGCCGGAACCGAUUGUGACUGGGUUGGAUGGUCUCGAGGGAUUGGGUUGAGGAAGAAGCAGUGGACAUACUUCAAGCUCUAUGGCACCAACAAAUGGCCACAGAACCUGCCAUGGCUUUGCUGCUUCGCCACGUUACAGACAGAAGGCACCCGCGUCGAGUCUACGUGGUGCGCUUAAUCCAGCGAUAUGGAAGAGCAAUCUGUCAGCGGAAGCUCAUGAAACAUUGACGAGAAAAGAAGCGUUGUGCUCCAAGAAAGGCACGCCCCUACCACGUAUCUGAAAUGUCAUAAUCUACACACUGUCAUGCG